AGGCUCGCGCCGCCGCGUCGCCGCCUCGCUGGGUCGUCUGGUCCCGCUGCGGUGAGGAGGGCUCUGCGCAGAUCCCGUGCCGGCCAGCUCCCGUCUCCGCGUGUCUGCGGCCGCCGACGAAGAUGGCCUCAGGAGUGCAAGUUGCUGAUGAAGUGUGUCGCAUUUUUUAUGACAUGAAAGUUCGUAAGUGCUCCACACCAGAAGAGAUCAAGAAGAGGAAGAAGGCCGUCAUUUUUUGUCUCAGCGCGGACAAGAAGUGCAUCAUCGUGGAAGAAGGCAAAGAGAUCUUGGUUGGAGAUGUGGGUGUAACCAUAACCGAUCCUUUCAAGCAUUUUGUGGGAAUGCUUCCUGAAAAAGAUUGCCGCUACGCUUUGUAUGAUGCGAGCUUUGAAACCAAGGAGUCCAGAAAAGAGGAGCUGAUGUUUUUUUUGUGGGCACCAGAACUAGCACCUCUGAAAAGUAAAAUGAUCUAUGCAAGUUCCAAGGAUGCCAUCAAAAAGAAGUUUCAAGGCAUAAAACACGAAUGUCAAGCGAAUGGGCCAGAAGACCUCAAUCGGGCUUGUAUUGCAGAGAAGCUAGGUGGAUCCUUAAUUGUAGCUUUUGAAGGAUGCCCCGUGUAGAUCAUCACUCAGUGCCACAAACCGAAAGCUUCCAUGUUCAAUGUUAUUCUCUUUCUGUAUAAGUAAAGCAAAUACAUUUAGGCCAGGGUCUCACUGAGGGGGAGCUGUCUUACCUUCUGCAGUAAACAAAAUAUUCUGUAAACAUGUGCAAAUGGCCCUAAAUAAAUCUAAAGUUUCAUUGGUGUAAAAUUAAAUUCUUACUGGCUAAAUGCCUGUUUUGAGGAGUUGGCUUGUAAAGAUUGUUAAACUCAGGAUUUGUAGCGAUGCAGUUCACAAAACAGUACAAGGCCAUAUGAAGAGACUGCUACACCCUUGUUAACCUCGCCAGUUACUUUGUCUCUUUUGCUUAGAGAAUUGGUCAUAAUUUGGUUAUAAUUUUGGCCCAAAUUCAUUAUUCUUCGUUGAGCUAAGCUGAAUAAUGGAAACUAAUUCUCCUCACAGCACAUAACACUAAUAGACUAACUACAGUAAGAUUAAGUCAGGCGGUCUUUACUUCACCAGACGUGUAGCGGUCACCAGACGUGUAGCGGUCACCAGACGUGUAGUGGAGACGCCUCAGAACGCGUGUACACUGUAACCAAUGCCGAUCUCGCAAAGCACUGUUCCAGCACCUGGUGGGAAUGAGGGAACGCUGCCUGCACUGUGGGCGUCUCUCUUCUCACUAGUUCCGAGGCUGUUCUGGUGGGUGGACCUUGCAUCCUGGAAAUCACGGUGUCUCUUCGGGAGAACGUGCAGUGUCUUGUAACAACUAAUUGACUUAUAAUGCAAAUGAGGGCUCUAUUGUAAUAUACUUUGUUAAUGAAAAUGAUAAAACAGUCUAUUGACAAGCUAGGACACCUAUGAUAUCUUGUGUCUCCUUUGGAUUUUUGCUGCUUCUAGUACAAUAAGGGGUGGAAGAACAUGAAGUUAGUGUUUACCUUGGGGCCUGGGAGGACUUCUUUAUUUCCUAAAGUGGUUGACUGUGUGUGAAACGGGAGCAGGUGUGGCGGAUGACACUCCUGGGAAGCAGCUCCUGACGGGUUGGACGUGAUUGUCUCGACAUCACAGAGGUGCACCAACAGUUGAACUUAGAAGUAGCAGUAUUGGCUUUAUGUAAUAAAGGAAGCAUUUUUAACUUA